UUUCUGAACGUCCGAAAUCACCAAAUGUCUCAACUAAAAAACCGUCGGCUUCUCCAACACCAACGCCAAAUAAACCAUCACCUAAAUUGGGUCCACGAUCCAAUUCAAGUGAUCUUUUUGGUUCAAUGUUGGGAAAUAUUUCAACUUCCAGCCUUCAGAAUUCUCUUUCGAGUCGUCAAGUUCAAAAUCUCUCACAAUCUUUAAAAUCUAAAAGUAGCGAUUUACUUGCCAAUAUUCGUACUUCACGCGGAUCAAAUGAUAUCGAUAUAAAUAUAUCGACACAUGCGUCAUCACAAACUGGAUCACCUCAAUCCACAUUACAAGAAUCUCGUCGUUCUUCACAAAGAACGUCAUUGGAUAGUGAUUUGGAUAUCCUUGAUGAUUCAUCUAGGAAGAAUUCAACGUUACCUAUCGAA